CGAUUGGCUGAGUAGACUCCCACGAGGGGUCUCAUGCAAAAGAUUUCCGAAAGGGUUUAUUGUUUCUUUGCUUUCGGGAGCCGAAAUUGUUUGCUAUCUACUCAGUUCCACAAUCAAAUAAGAGGACAGGAAAAUGGCUGGUGGCAAGGCAGGAAAGGACAGUGGCAAAGCCAAGGCGAAGGCAGUGUCACGCUCCCAGAGGGCUGGGUUGCAGUUUCCAGUGGGUCGUAUCCACAGGCACUUGAAGACCCGCACAACAAGCCAUGGUCGUGUAGGAGCCACGGCAGCUGUAUACAGCGCUGCCAUCCUCGAGUACCUCACUGCUGAAGUAAGCCUCUUUUUUUGGAGAUUCAGAGUAGUAAUGGGUACUGAAUGCUGUUUUUGUGGAUGUUAUGCUGCCCCAGGCAUUUAUUUUUUUGUUUGCUCUCAGGUACUAGAGUUGGCGGGCAAUGCCUCCAAAGACUUGAAGGUGAAGCGUAUCACUCCCCGUCACUUGCAGCUUGCCAUCCGUGGUGACGAGGAGUUGGACUCUCUUAUCAAGGCAACAAUUGCUGGAGGAGGUGUCAUUCCCCACAUCCACAAAUCCCUCAUUGGGAAGAAGGGCCAGCAGAAAACUGCAUAAUUGCAACGUUGACCAGAAGUUUUGGGGCUUGGGCUUUGAUUGGACCAGGAGUUCACAUUUGUUCUUUUUUAUCAUUAAUAUUAUAGCAAACAAAGAGUGAUUGUUAGGUUUUGUGUUGUAAUAUUUUCCCAUAUCUAGAAAAAAAAAUACAGAACCCCCCUUAAUGACAGAAAACCCUUUGUAUGUUAAUGUAGAAUGUUUGCCUGGCAAAUUUAUGAUUAUUUCAAAUGGUGACAGUGAAUUUGUUUGAUUGGCCUGGGUCUCUGUAAUGUUUUAUACUGAAAAAAGAAAUUGUUAAACCUUUUUUAUAUAAAAAAAGUUGUUUUGUGAUUAUUUUCUUGAAGUUACAAUAUUUACCGUAAUACAAGUUCUUAAGGAGAUUUUGUGUCUUUAGAUGACAUUUGCUAAAUGUGGUAUGGUGCUUUUUUCUGUCUACUUACUGUAAUAUUUUCAACUGCACAAGGAAAAUGUAUUAAAAGUUGACUUUUUACAUUAAGACUAAAAAUCUUACAGUGCAGUUUAUUGCAACCUUCCUUUAACAACGGUUUGGUAGUUCAAACGCCUGUAAAUGAAUACAUGUAUGAUCAGGGGCUUGUGAUUUUUUUUUUUUUCUUACUGUUGAGAAAUCUACCUGUUACAUGUAAAAGUUUACCUCUGAUCUAAGGCUUUUGGAUUAAUACUGGAAAGCAUAUCCAUCAGUCUGAGUCUGUCCUUUUAAAAGAAUAGACUCAGUAAAACAACUAAUAUUUGAUAGAGAAUAAAUGCCACAUAAUGUUAUUCCUGGCUUGGUUUGACAGAAAACCCACUUCCAAAAAUUGUGUGAAAAUGAGUGCCUGAUUUAGUUUUUAAUAAAUCAGUCUACCACUGAG